AUGGUGGAUUCCGGACAUUUCUCCUUCGAAGAUGAUAGAGAAUAUGAGAUACCAACCGCGAAUCAUUUACCUGAGCCGAACGCCGAGAAAAUUAUCGCUGGAUUGCAGUCCGAACUUCAGACACAAAAACAAUAUUCGAAUAAAUUAGAGAAAGAACUUACUGAGUGUGAAGCUCAACUCAAGAACAAAGAUGAGUUGCUUUUUGAACGUGGACGACAGAAUUUUCUCGAACUUCAGAAACAAAAACAAUAUUCCAUUAAAUUAGAGAACGAUCUCGAAAUAACGAAGAAAGAACUCACCGAGUGUCAAGCUGAACUCAAGAAGAAAGAUAAUGAGUUGCUUUUUGAACAUGGACGACAGGAUUUUCUGGCUAGGAAAGAAGCGAAUGAAAGAAAAAAAGCAAUUCGUUUUCAACAGGAUUUUUCUCUGAAACGAAACACAGUCGAACAUGACGUGGUUGGCCCAACACAAACAGGACACCGCUGUGAGCUGACGUCUAAUAGACAAUGUUCUGCUGAGGAUUCAAAUGAAGAGCAAAUAAUGAAAUUUGAAAAUAAUAAUAUGGAAACUAAUGGCGCAAUGGCAUCUUCGUCUGCGAACAGUGACUGUAGUUAUUAUCGAGAUCUAUUGAAAAAUAUGGCACAACCGUUGUUGUGUGAUGAUGUCGUGAAGCUCAAUGAUUGGGCAAGUGAAAGAUUCUCAAUCGACCGCUCUAAAAAUGCAGCUGAUGUUCUCUCAUACCUUGAUCGAACUGGAGUCAUCCAUGCUUCAAAUUUAAGUGAACUCCGUGAUUUCUUCGAAUCCAUUAACAGAAUUGAUCUGGUCCACAUAAUUGACGAGUUUCUACAUGGUAACUAUAGUGUGCUUCAGGCGUAUGCUUCAAAAUCGAAAGAUUGACUGUACUUCUUUCAUUAUACAGUAAAAACCUGCAUUAAAAACCACCUGCUUGAAAUUUCGCAAUCAUGCAAGCACAUAAACAAAGUUAAUUUGAUAUAAAGUUCCUGUUUCCGGCUGCAUGUUUCCUCUAUUUAGCACCCACCAGUCGCUCAAAAAUUAAACCCGUACCCUUUAUUUAGCCCGC